AUGGGUUCUGUUGGCACUGGAUUGCUGAAGGGCUUGAGGAGAGUCUUAGAGAAGCAAAGGAAACCAGUUGAUUUAUGCAGAACAUCACGAGCUUGGAGUUCUACAGUUUCUUUCUCCGAUAUUGAUGAGAAGGAUGACAUGGGUGAUGAUGGCGAUUUGAAAGAUUCAAGGAGAGAGUUAGAACCCCAAAGCGUGGACCCCAAGAAGGGCUGGGGAUUCCGUGGCGUUCAUAGGGCUAUAAUAUGUGGUAAAGUUGGACAAGCGCCUGUGCAGAAAAUUUUACGUAAUGGGCGGACGAUAACUAUAUUUACUAUUGGAACUGGUGGCAUGUUUGACCAGAGGGUAAUUGGGUCUGCGGAUACACCAAAGCCGGCUCAGUGGCAUCGAAUAGCUGUUCAUAGCGAGCAUCUAGGUGCUUAUGCUGUUCAGAAGUUGGUGAAAAACUCUGCGGUAUAUAUCGAGGGUGAAAUCGAAACCAGGGUCUACAAUGACGGCAUUGAUGGUCAAGUCAGGAAUAUACCGGAGAUCUGUAUUCGGGGUGAUGGUAAGAUUCGACUGGUUAAAUCUGGGGAGAGUGCUGCUAGCAUAUCACUAGAUGAGCUGAGAGACGAAUUGUUCUAG